AUGAAGCCAAACUCUGUCGUUCCUGGAAUAAACGUAACUUUUGAUAUUUUUGCAACCGUAGAUGUUGAUGUGAAUAAUGGGUUUGUUGAGAUAGACUUUGUUAACGCAGAAGACGCUAAUAAUUUCCUAAGUAAAUCAUUUGAUCUUCCUUCGGUCAUUAAAGCUAAAGGAACAAUUGAUGGUUUAUAUACAAUGCCAUUGCAACUCUCAACAUUACCAGAAGAAUAUUAUAUAUCAAUUCCAUUUUUUCGCAGACAAAUGAUG